CGCCGCCAUAGCGCUGGAUGUGGGAGAGCGUGAGAAGAGAGAGAGAGAGCGAGGCAGUUAGAGAGGCAUACAGGCAAACAAGACAAGAGCUAUGGCUGCUAGCGGGACUUAUGUGGACUCCAAGUCAGAGUUAACAGCCCUGCUGGAGCAGUGGGAAAAUGGGCAUGGAAGCGGCCAGGAUAUGGUACCCAUCCUAACCAGAAUGUCUGAACUGAUUGAGAAAGAAACAGAGGAAUAUCGCAAGGGAGAUCCUGAUCCCUUUGAUGACAGACAUCCCGGCCGUGCAAACCCAGAGUGCAUGUUAGGACAUCUCCUGCGCAUCCUCUUCAAGAACGAUGACUUCAUGAACGCACUGGUGAACGCUUAUGUCAUGACGAGCAGAGAGCCACCUCUAAACACGGCAGCUUGCCGCCUUCUGCUGGACAUCAUGCCGGGGCUAGAGACUGCUGUUGUGUUCCAAGAAAAGGAAGGCAUUGUGGAGAAUCUCUUCAAGUGGUCUCGAGAAGCAGAGCAACCCCUCCGUACCUACGCUAUUGGUCUGCUUGGCGGAGCCAUGGAGAAUCAGGAUAUUGCAGCCAACUACAGGGAUGAGAAUUCAAAAAUGGUGGCCCUAGUGCUGCGGAGGCUGCAGGAGCUACAGUCUCAGGACACCAACUGUAAGCAAGAAGUGAAGCGUAUAAAUCCCCGCCGGGCCGUUAAUGAGCCUCUACUCCCGCUUGAUGAGGAGGCAGUGGACAUGGAUUAUGGAGACACACCGCUGGAUACUGGUCCAAAAGAUGAACAGAUUGAUCUGUCCUUCCAGUUGGAAACUAGUCCUGGCUCAGAGGUCCUGGUGAACUCUGGUGGGCCUGUUUCCCGGAAAAAAGCAAAAGUGGAUCCUGAUGCACAACGCAAGGUGAAACAGAAGCUUUCUUUCUCAGAACCUGAGCGAGCACCAAGUGAAUUGUCAAACAGCAGCUGGUCAGAGAUGUCUCUGUGGGUCAUUGGCACCAAUUACAGCCUGUAUCCUCUUACUCCAGCCAUAGAACAGAGGCUGAUAUUGCAGUACCUCACCCCACUGGGAGAGUACCAGGAGUUGCUCCCCAUCUUUAUGCAGCUGGGUUCCUGGGGGCUGAUGAUGUACUACAUUGACCUGAAACGGACACAAGAUGUACUGCUCACGUUUGAGGCACUCAAGCACUUGGCAUCUCUUCUCCUCCACAACAAGUUUGCUGCAGAGUUUGUAGCACACGGAGGUGUUCAGAAGUUGCUAGAGAUCCCUCGUCCCUCAAUGGCAGCUACUGGGGUUUCAAUGUGUCUUUACUACCUAUCCUAUAACCAGGAUGCCAUGGAAAGGGUGUGCAUGAUACCGCACAAGGUUCUGGCGGAUGUAGUGAACUAUACUCUCUGGCUUAUGGAGUGCUCCCACGCUUCAGGCUGCUGCCACGCCACCAUGUUCUUCUCCAUCAGCUUCUCAUUCCGUGCUGUGCUGGAGCUCUUUGACAGCCAAGAUGGACUGCGGCGACUUGUUAACUUGAUAAGUACCCUGGAAAUACUAAACUUGGAAGACCAGGGCGCCCUGUUGAGUGAUGAUGAGAUUUUUGCAAGUCGCCAGACUGGGAAGCACACCUGCAUGGCUCUGCGCAGAUAUUUCGAGGCACAUCUCGCCAUCAAAGUGGAACAAGUAAAACAAUCAUUGCAACGUACGGAGGGGGGACUACUUAUACACCCUCCACCCCCUUAUAAGGCAUGCACAUACACAAGAGAUCAAAUUGUGGAGAUGAUGGAGUACCUGAUAGAGUUUGGCCCAUCUCAGCUGUACUGGGAGCCUGCUGAGGUUUUCCUUAAGCUUUCCUGUGUGCAGCUCCUUCUUCAGCUCAUCUCCAUCGCCUGCAGCUGGAAGACAUAUUAUGCUCGGAACGACACCGUUCGCUAUGCUCUGGACGUUAUUGCUAUCCUCACAGUAGUGCCCAAGAUUCAGCUGCAGCUGGCGGAAUCUGUGGAUGUGUUGGAUGAGUCUGGAUCCACUGUCUCAACUGUAGGAAUGAGCAUUGUUCUGGGUGUUGCCGAAGGAGAGUUUUUCACACACGAUGCAGAAAUCCAGAAAUCUGCACUACAGAUUAUCAUUAAUUGUGUUUGUGGUCCUGAAUCCCGAAUCUCCAGCAUUGGCAAGUAUGUUUCCGGCACGCCUCGUCGCCGGACCUUGGCUUGCUCUCCCUUUCAGCAUGGAAGAGGAGUCGGCGGGGAGUCCACACUUGCUAAGAUGUGGAAUGUUGUUCAGGCCAACAAUGGCAUCAAAGUCCUUCUGUCUCUCCUUUCAGUCAAGAUGCCCAUUACAGAUGCUGAUCAAAUUCGGGCUUUGGCCUGCAAGGCCCUGGUUGGUAUUAGCCGUAGCAGUGCUGUGCGGCAAAUAAUUAGCAAGCUUCCCCUUUUCAGCAGUGGUCAAAUCCAGCAGUUGAUGAAGGAGCCUCUACUUCAGGACAAGCGCAGUGACCAUGUUCGCUUCUGUAAGUUUGCCGCGGAGUUGAUUGAACGAGUGUCUGGCAAACCAUUGCUUAUGGGAAGUGAUGUGUCCUUGGCCCGGCUUCAAAAGGCAGAUGUGGUGGCGCAGUCUCGCAUUACCUUUCCAGAGAAGGAACUGCUGUUGCUGAUACGAAAUCACUUGGUGUCCAAGGGUCUACAUGAAACUGCUACCACGCUAACUCGCGAAGCUGACCUUCCCAUGACUGCCGCUUCUCAUACCACGUCUUUUCUGCCGGCUGUUGCUGCUCAGCCGUCCACCUCUUCACCGGUUUCUCUUCCGCGCACCCCACGCAUACCUGGUCGUCUCUCUGGCACUUCCCUGUGCGCUCAUCCACCUGCUAGACCUCCGCUGCCACCUUGUUUGGCUUCACCUGCCCCUGUUCCUUCGGGCUCCCCAGUCAUUGGCCGCAUCAGCUUUGUUAGAGAGCGUCAGUCACCCUGCAAUGGCAAACGAGCGCGUGUAUUGAGACAGAAGUCUGAUCAUGGUGCCUAUAGUCAGAGUCCAGCUUUCAAGAAGCAGCUAGAGCGGCAUGCCCCAUCGCCACCUACCCUGGACAGCAUCAUGACUGAAUAUCUGCGGGAACAACAUGCUCGCUGCAAGAACCCCGUUGCCAUCUGCCCCCCUUUCUCGCUCUUCAGUCCCCACCAGUGCCCUGAGCCCAAGCAAUGCCGACAAGCACCUAUUAACUGCACUUCCCGAAUGACCCGCCGCGCUGCCUUUCCCAAAUAUGGUGGAGUGGAUGGGGGUUGCUUUGACCGUCAUCUUAUUUUCAGCAGGUUCCGUCCGAUAUCUGUGUUCCGGGAAUCCAACGAGGAUGAGAGUGGCUUUACAUGUUGCGCGUUUUCUGCCAGAGAACGAUUCCUGAUGUUGGGCACAUGCACGGGGCAGCUUAAACUGUACAAUGUGUUCAGUGGGCAAGAGGAGGCCAGCUAUAAUUGCCACAAUUCUGCCAUAACACACCUGGAACCAUCCAGGGACGGGACCCUCCUCCUCACAGCGGCCACUUGGAGUCAGCCUCUCUCUGCCCUUUGGGGAAUGAAAUCCGUCUUUGAUAUGAAGCAUUCAUUCAAUGAGGAUCAUUAUGUGGAAUUUAGCAAACUAUCCCAGGAUCGGGUCAUAGGCACCAAAGAGGACAUUGCUCAUAUUUAUGACAUCCAGACGGGGCAGAAGCUGCUGACUUUGUAUAACUCGGAUCUGGCAAAUAACUACAAACGCAACUGUGCCACCUUCAACCCCACGGAUGACUUGGUACUGAACGAUGGCGUUCUGUGGGAUGUGCGCUCUGCCCAAGCCAUCCACAAGUUUGACAAGUUCAAUAUGAACAUCAGUGGUGUCUUCCACCCCAACGGCCUUGAAGUUAUCAUAAAUACUGAGAUUUGGGACCUACGUACCUUCCAUCUCCUCCACACGGUGCCCGCUCUGGAUCAGUGCCGCUUAGUCUUCAAUAACACUGGGACCGUCAUGUAUGGCGCCAUGCUCCAGGCGGACGACGAGGAUGACCUUUUAGAAGAAAGAAUGAAGAGCCCAUUCGGUUCUUCCUUCCGGACCUUUAAUGCUACAGAUUACAAACCAAUUGCCACCAUUGAUGUGAAGCGCAACAUAUUUGACUUGUGCACAGAUACAAAGGAUUGUUACCUGGCAGUCAUAGAGAAUCAGGGUACGAUGGAUUCCUUGAAUAUGGACACCGUGUGCCGCCUGUACGAGGUGGGGAGACAGCGACUGGCAGAGGAUGAGGAUGAAGAGGAAGAUCAGGAGGAAGAGGAGCAGGAAGAUGAGGAAGAUGAUGAUGAUGAUGACGACGAUGACUCUGAUGAUCUUGGUCCCCUUUUGGAUGCUGAGCUGGAGGAGCAAGAGGAGGCAGGAGAGCAGGCAGGAGAAGAUGGAGAAAAUGAUUUUUCUCCUUCUGACGAUGAAGAAUUGGCAAACCUUCUGGAGGAUGAAGACGAUGAUGAUGGCGAGGAUGUAGAUGUAGAUGAAGAAGGUGAUGAAGAGGACUCUGACUUCGACCCAGAGGUGGAGCUGAUACUGGGAGAUUCGGACAGUUCUGAUAACUCCGACCUGGAAGAUGACAUUGUUCUAGCCCUGAACGAAUGAAAACAUUGGGGUCUUUGUCCUUUGUACACAGGGUGUUUUCCUUCUUGGAGGACGCUGAGCACAUACCAGCCCCGAGUGUUAUUAAAGGAAGGUAUUAGGCAGCUGAGAAUCGUAUAGGGGUAUUAACCCUUACAUUUAUCCGUAGGCACCACUCCUUCCUUUAUGCUUCUGCGCUCAUGAUCCCAACUCCAAGAUGGACAUUUUUUUGGUAUAAAAAAGCUCUUAAUAUUAGUUUUAUAUAUAAAAAAAUGAAAAAAAUACCCUGUGAAAAAAAAUCUUUUUUUUUUUUUUUAAUAACACAUUGUGUGUUCAUUUUUUCCCUCUUUUUUUGUUUUCGUUUUUACACAGAUGUUUUUGGGGGGGAAGGCUGGGGAGAGCUAUUUUGUUUUCUUAACUUUGGUCAGCAAAGUAUUUUUAUGAUAAAAUUGUAAUAUAUUCCGUA